GACGAAUUCGCCUGAUUGCUGCGUAUACGGCUUUAGAAGUGGUAUGCGCGAAGCAGUGUGCGCUCUCUGCUGUCCCACGACUACGGUUUGGCUCGGCUUGUGUCUGUGACACUUGACAGCUGAGCGUAUCUCGCGACAAAAAAUUGUAUCGGAAGAAGUUCGGUUCAGAGAACAGUUAAAGUAAAAAAAAUAUAUAAUAUCAAAAACUAUACUAAAACAUAAAACUAACACAUAAACGUGUUGAUCGGGUGAAAGACGAGAAGUUACGGAUUUUAUGACUGGACGAAAAAUCGUGAUAAGAAGCAGCGACCUGACGAUCGAGAGCGCAGUAAGAUUAGAGGAGUAAGGUGUUUUCUUGGACUUCAUUGAAAAUUGAAAGAGUGAUUUGUGAGAAUGGAGAAUACUAAUCCUACCAAGGAACAUCUUCGGGAUCUGGCCGGUGAUUCUGCUCGACCAUCGUUGGUUACUGAUACAGACGCCAUCGCAAAGUUAAAGAGGGAUCACGAUUCUAUGGAUGAUUUUGAACACCUGGAUCAUGAUAGUUCACCUAUCAAGGAGGUAAAGGAUAUUACUAAAGGACAUCCUAGUGCUCCGGAUUCAUUUUCUUCCCAGCUGAUUGAUCUGCCACGUGCGACUGGACCGGUAGUUGAGAAAUUAAUUGAUGUUAAUAAGAAACUCGAACAAAAUUUGCUUGAUACGAGUAUACCUACUCAUGAGAAGGAAUUACAACCGGUCCCGGCAACUCCGCCACCUUCCGCAGAUUUUGAAAACGAUGUCCUUCAAAGAAUUGCUACCACGCACACGCCGUCUUUCGCAGAGCAGGUGCCACAGGUUGACUCUAAGAUUACUACUAUGAAUUUUAUGGACGGAGAACGUUUUAUGCGAGAAUAUGACGCGUAUCAAUCUCGGAACGAACAACCUCAAAACGCUAAUAUCCACGAUAAUCCAAAUCUCAAUAAAUUCAAUGAUGAGGCUUCCUUAGGAAAUCUUCCACCUAAGGAUUCUGGUUAUAAUCCCUUGGAUGUAGAUUCUGGAAUAGAAAAAAAACCUGAAGUAAAAGUUGAGAAUAAGAUAGAAAGUGAGAACAAAGUUUCAGAGGAUAAGGUUAAUCUUUUUGAAGAUUCUUCUCCCGAGCAGUUUAAGAAUGCUCCAAUAAUCGAACCUGAACCUUCUCCAUUAUCAUCUGCUGCCAAACCGACUGAGAAACUCUUGAACUUAGAUGAAAUGUUAAAAGAAGAUAUUCUAGGAGAGAUUAAGUCUUCUGUUCUUCCAGUUCCACAAAUGUCUCCUGAAUUGGACUUCCUUAAGGAUGAACCUGCAGCAGCUGAAACUAAGCAUUCUGGCAAGAAUUUGAUGGAGGAUGAUUCUUGGAAUGUUGUGGAAAAACCAGAGAAACACGAGAAACUGGAAAGAGAUGAGAAUAUUUAUCAUGAACCUCCUAGCAAACCUUUGCCUCCUUUGCCAAAGGAUGCUGAGCUAGAAUCCUUUGACACAUUUUCUAAUGCAAAAGGUCCUACUCCUGAUAAAUUUGAACUAUCGAAUGACUUCAUAAUCACAGAGUCCACAAACAAAGCACAACCUCAGAGUGGGACAGAAACUGGAGAUUCAGAAUUUGAAUCUGAGCCUGAACCUUCCCCUGCAAAGUCUUUGGCAUAUCCUGCGCAGCAGGAUGUUUGUAAAAGGCCUGAAGAACCACCCAAGCACGAGAUUAUGUACAAGAAUCCAUUGCGGAAUAAGGAUCCUGUGGAAGAUAUUGCCCCCAAGGAGAUAUUUAGAGAAAUGGGACUGGACGCAUGGUUUAACCCCGAAAGACUGAACCCAAAAGUGGCGGCUCUGAUCUAUUGGCGCGACCCCAAGAAGUCGGGAAUCGUCUUUGGUGCAAUUCUUGGUGUACUACUCUCGCUGGCCUACUUCAGUCUGAUCAGCGUGCUUGCUUACCUAUCGCUACUCACUCUCACUGGCACCGUAGCCUUCCGUAUCUACAAAAACGUCCUUCAAGCCGUUCAGAAGACGUCCGAUGGACAUCCAUUCAAGGAUAUUCUCGAUGUGGAUCUUACUUUGCCGGCUGAGAAGGUGCACGAAUUUGCUGACGUAGCUGUGGCGCACGCGAAUGCCGCCGUUACUGAACUUCGCAGGCUCUUCCUGGUCGAGGACAUCGUGGACUCACUUAAGUUUGGUAUUCUUCUCUGGUGCCUGACUUAUCUAGGUUCAUGGUUCAAUGGCAUGACCCUCAUUAUUAUUGGUGUGGUCGCACUGUUCACAUUGCCGAAAGUCUACGAGACGAACAAGACGCAGAUCGACCAGAAUUUAGCCUUGGUGCGCGGAAAGGUCAACGAGAUCACCGCCAAAGUGAAGGCGGCCAUUCCUCUUGGCAAGAAGGCCGAACCCACGAAGGAGGAUUAAGAAGAUGAACGUCGUGAUAAUUAAUGAGAGCGCGCGAACAGUCGAGAACAGUUUUCGGGGUUUAUAUGAGAAUUGGGCGAGAAGGGGUAAGAAGUGAAGGAAACAAAGGGAAUCGGAAAUGAACAAUGUUCAAAAUAGCCGAGAAGUCACAGUGCGAAAUAAUUCUUGACGUUACAAGGGUACACGGAGCAAUGGAGGAAGAAGGUAUAAAACGAAAAGGGGAAGGAGGCAAAAAUAGUAGAUCGAACACGCGCGCGCGCAUCAAUAUUCUAAUAAUGAAUAUCUUUAAUAAGAAGUAAGAUAACAUUAGCGAUUAAUUAACUUUUCGUUAUUACGAUAAAGAUGGUGGAAUAUUAUAGUGAGCUGUAACAGUGCAAUGAGGACAAGACGAAGGUCCUCAUUUAAGUCGUAACUUAAGAGAAGGAAGAAAAAAAGAAAAGAAAUCACUCUGCGACUAUUGCGAUCAUGUUCUUUCGACUCUUUUUCAAUUCGAUCCUUUCUCCAUUCUUUCACUCUUUCAUCUUCUAUCGCUCAAAUUUCGCUUUCUUCGUGUACUCCGACCAAGGUACGAACGUCAGUGUUAGGAUUGCGAUGACGUUCGCUUCUAAUGAUGAUUAUAUUCGAUAAGAUAAGCUUUCUCCGUUUGAUGGAUUUUUUUAAUAUGGAGACAUUGCGAUUUUCGUUAAUUCGGGAUCUCGUGGUAAUGAAAAAAAGGUAACACAGAAGCUGCAUUGUGGGAGGGAUGAAUCAGUCGUGCAUGCUAUGGCAAAAGAGAGUUCACGUGAGGAGAGAGAAGUAGAAGGAAAGAGAGAAUUGGAGAAAUGGAGUAAAGACAUGUGAUAAUGGAGUAAAGAAACAAUGGAGUGGAACACCCUGAGCGUUACGUGCUUGACAAAAUUGUUUCUUUUUUUUAAUCGUUAGAACUUAAGAUAAUUAUUGUCUAUUGUGCUGCGUCCCCCGAAAUUCAGUUGUUAAUGCGAUUGGACAAAGAUGAGAGAAAAUAAAGCGAAUAUACAAAACGUAUCUGUCUCUUGAAUGACGUUGAGGAUUGCGAAAUAUUAUUACCAUUACAAUUAUAUUAUUACAAUUACACAAGCUAAUAUAUUAUAAUACAGCGAACGAUGAAUUACACGGUCGCAGUGGGCUCAGCGAUCGACGAAGAAAAAAAAAACAAAUGAAAGGAAAACCUAUUUAAGUGGUAAACGAUGAAGAUGCAACUUUAUAUUAUAUUAUAUUACUUAUCUAUAACUAUGGAACCACGUGUUUUUAUUGAGACUAUCGCAAGUGUUAAGAAUGUGAAUUGUAAUACGCGUACCGCUUCUUGACGUUUUCAUUAUUGCAUCUGCAUCCGCACGAUUAAUUUAUAAAUAAAUGAUAUUAAUAAGA